CCGUCGUGACGGCAGCCUGCAGGAACCGACGAAGGUUGAAUUUCAGCCGAGCAUAUAUAAAGCCGUUGCGGAGAACAAGAUAGUAUUACACCUCUCGUUUUGGAGGCAAGUGCGAUUUUAGCAAUCGAAGCGUGGGGCAUUAUCAGCAUGAAGUUCUGUGUUGCCGCUGUUCUCUUAGUGACAUGUAUGACAAUCACGGCAUCGGACAUCGUUUCGCCCUGGAAUGCCGGAUGGAGCGCUGUGAUAGUAGCGGGUCACGAUGGCCCGUACGAUGAUUUCAACGACCAGCUCAACGAUUACGAAAACUUCCCUAGCAUUGAUGAUCCGGAAAUGUUUUCGACUCAGUACAUCGCUCAAGACGAACUCGGCCAGACUAGUUUCGGUUACGCUCACACUGGUCAGGCAGCCACUAAUUAUCGCGAUGCUUGGGGUAAUCAGGUGGGCAAUUGGGCCUUCAUCACUCCCGAAGGCCAGCAAAUUAUCGUCGCUUACAUCGCCGACGACCAGGGCUUCCGCGCAUUCUCUGAAAAUCUACCAGUGGCGCCAUCUUUCAUUAACGAAGCUCCGACGGAUACAAUCGAAGUGGCCGCUGCUCGGGCCGAACAUUUGGCUGCUUACCACCUUGUCAAAAAUCGACCUGUUGCUGUAAUUCCAGCGGAAGUUCCCAACGUGGGCUUUAUCCAGUCUGUGACGGAUACCCCGGAAGUAAUGCUAGCCAAAACCGAAUUCAUGAAAGUUUUCAACGCGAUCAAGAACAGUCGAGCCGUACAAAAAUAAAAAGCCAAUGUAUAUGGUUGUCACAGCGUCCGUGCAUAAUUCCUAUAUCUUAUUUGCAGUGAAAAUAGAAAGAUUUUGUUUGAAAAA